CAGACGGCAAGUGGAGCGAGCGGAGGCAAGUGGAACGCCGUCGGCGCCGACCUGCUAUUUUGAGGGCGGUUGGUAAAUUUAGCUGGCAGCGACAGUUGCAGAUAGAAGGGUCGACCACGUUGAAGCGACACGUGAAUGCGCGAGCGGUCCGAUGGAGAACUAUGAGAACCUCGGCACGAUCGGCGAAGGCACGUACGGCGUUGUGCUCAAGUGUCGGCACAAGGAGACAGGGCAAAUCGUCGCCAUCAAAAAGUUCAAAGAGUCGGACGAAGACGAGCAAGUACGCAAGACUGCGAUGCGCGAGAUUCGCAUACUCAAGCAACUCAAGCAUGAAAACAUCGUCAACCUCAUCGAGGUCUUUCGGCGAAAAGGAAAGCUCUACCUCGUCUUUGAGUACGUGGAGAAGACGAUUUUGGAAGAGAUCGAGAAGAACCCCGAGGGCCUCGAGCCGCAUGCGAUCCGAAGCCUCAUGUGGCAGCUCAUACGCGCGAUUCACUACUGCCACGAGCACAACAUCAUUCACCGCGACAUCAAGCCCGAGAAUCUCCUCGUCUCGAAAAACGGUGUCUUGAAGCUCUGCGAUUUUGGCUUUGCGCGCACGUUGGCUGCGGCCGGCGCCAAGUACACCGACUACGUCUCGACCCGGUGGUACCGCGCACCCGAGCUGCUUGUCGGCGACGUCUCGUACGGGAAAGCGGUCGACAUUUGGGCCGUCGGCUGCAUGCUCGCCGAGAUCACGACGGGCUUGCCGCUCUUCCCCGGCGACUCGGACAUUGACCAAUUGUACCAUAUUAUGAAGUGCCUCGGGCGCAUUACGUCGCGGCAGCAAGAGCUAUUUCGGAAAAACUCGCUCUACGUCGGCGUCAAGCUGCCCGAAGUCACGUCGAUCGAGACGCUCGAAGAUCGAUUUCCGCAGCUCGACAAGGUUGCCAUCGACUUUUUACACCAAACCGUCCAAGACGAGCCAUUGGACCGGUGGACGUGCUCGGAGCUGCUCAAACAUCCGUUUGUCGCCGAAGGCGCCGAGCUCUUUGAGCAGCAGCUCAAGAUCAACAUCGCCAAGGACAUGGCCGACAACGUGAUCAAGCCCAAGCGCAUGAAGAAGCUGCCGCGGCGAAGCAGCGACAUGGCACCGCCCUCAUCAUCCUCGUCGUCGAAACCGCCGAAGUCCAAGCACUCCAAGGCUUCGGACGUGCCACGCACAUCCAGUCGAGGAGGCACGGACCGGCUACUGCCCAACCUCGGGGCCACGGCGCCUGUCACGCCGCUCUCCAGCCUUGCCUACGUGUGUUUGGAAGACGCCAACAAUGCGGUGAUUGAAUACACAAGCCGGAAGAUCAAGCGGGCGGCGGACGCUGAGCCCGCACUGCACAUACCCGAAGAUGCGGCACUCUUGAUCGAGCAGCAUACCCACUCCCGCCUCUCAGUCACGUCCCACGGCGAGCGCCUCCGGUCGCUGCCCAAGAAGGUGCUGACGAAGCGCGCGGUCAUUGGCCUCGAGCUCAAGCAAAAACCAAAGCUCGGGCAAACGCCGCCACGAACGCCGCAGUCGUCGUCACGAAGGGAGCUCCGUGGGUUCUAGCGCCAUAGUAUCGAACAACACAUAUAUAUAGAGCAUCAUCUUAGCGGCGGAA